AAACUAACUAUCAUGUGCUAGCUGAAGUGACUUACUUAACGCAUUAUUUGUAUAUAUAAUAUUUCAAUUGAAAGACCUUGGCAGUAUCAACCCAAAGUUUUACAAGAGUGUGCUGGACGAAUAAAUACCGGAUUUGAUAAAAAGCAAGAAUAUCAAAUCGCAGGAUGGCGUACGGCAACCCUGUGAAGUUAGCAGUCAUUAUCGUGACUUUCCUUGUGUUCCUCGUCACACUUGCCUUUAAUGCUUUGGCUGGCACCGGAAUUAAAGCAGGAAUCUUCCAGAAUAGCACUGGAGAUGUCUCAAACUAUUUCUAUCUGGAGAUCACCCCAGCAGGCUGGACCUUUUCCAUCUGGGGUUUCAUCUACGUGUGGCAGGCCCUCUGGCUUACAUACGCUGUCUCGACCCUCUGCCGGGUCAGCGACUGUGGGUACCUCUACGUCCAUCCUGCGGCCAUGCCAACAUCCAUGUACCUCGUCUACUUGGUGAAUAAUGUUGCUAACAUCGCCUGGUUGUUGGUGUGGGAUAGAUUCCUCGUCACCUGGGCACUCGUUUGCAUCUCACUCCUCCCGAUAACACUGGAUAUCUGCAUCGUUCUGUGCUACAGGAAUCUGGACAGAGGGCAAGGAUCGUUGUUCAAGCAAGGUCUUGGAAAAGAAGUUUGGUUCAUCCGAAUCUUCACCGAGAAUGGCCUUGCCAUCUAUGCCACGUGGACCACUAUCGCCACCCUUCUCAACACCGCCAUGGUCCUCACCUACGAGCUAGGACUAGCCGUUGACGUUGCCUCGACUGUUGCUCUUGGGAUCCUUACCGUGCUCAUAGCCGUGUGGGUCAGUUUGGACCUUUUUGUAAUUGAUAGGUACAGCAGGUUCACUUUCACACCAUAUCUCGUCAUCAUCGCAGCACUUGUCGGCAGCAUCUCGCAGAACUGGAAUCCAACUGGUAGGAACAGUAUAUUUACUGCGGUCCUGCUAGGAGUGGCAUGCUUUGCAACUGUUGUUAAAUUGAUUCUGAUGAUUUAUCGCCAAAUCACGAGGCCAUUGGUUGAUUCAGCAGACACCGUCUUUGCCAUUAAAUACUCAUCAGAAUCCUCAACGAUGCGUUUGAUCUGAAUGAACAUUUUUGGAAAGAGUUGCAUUUUUCCACGACUUGGACUUUUGUUCGUCUACAUGUACAACGCAUGCACGAAGUGUUAGUAGUGCCAUUUAUUCAUGGGUUCGAAUUCUGAAGACCUCUAUACAAAGUUGGUCGCCAAACAAGACGAGCUGUGAGAUUGCUUACGAGAUUUCAGGGUCAAGUUGAAUAAGAGUUAUCUUCGAUGAGCGAUCUUCAAUCUUCUUUUAGAGCAAGGAGUAUUUCUCGAUACUAUGGGCCCUCUCAUUGCGAGGGUUACUUCAUGGAUGGACCAAACAAACAACAUUUUCCCUUCAUGUUUUUAUACUAUGGUAGGCCUAAAUUAUUUCUCCGUUGGCCUCUCCGGAAUAGAAUAUACAAUGUAGUUCAUUCACCAAGGUGUCAUUCAUUUAGAUCUGUAGAUACUCUGUUAUAUAUUUACAUGUACUUCUGUAAAAUCAGAAAAAAGAAUAACAUAGCCUAACAAUC